UCUCCGGGGUUGGCCUUGUCUCAGCCCUCAGAGAAAUCGGAAAUAUAACACACGAAAUACUCACUAUCGGGUGGUUCCUAUUUUUACAAAAAACCAAAUUUUCCAAAAAAAAAAACAAAAAAAGGACUAAAAAAAUUUUCUGAUCAGAAAAAAAAAUUACAGCCAUGUAUUGCGGGGAUAAUGGAAGAUCUUGUUUGAAUCUUGUGCCCAAUGUCUGUGGGGAGUUGGGGGGCUGGAUGCGUCAUCCCGUUACCCGCGAGGACACCAUGACACGGCUGGCCUUGAAGUACGACACCAGUAUUGGUCUGAUUUGUCGCGCCAAUCGCAUGCACUGGCAGGACGUCCUUCAGACCCGUCACUUCAUUUGGGUGCCGGCCCCCAGGAAGGUCAACGCUAUCGAGGAGACGCUAUUGCAGUACCGACUCCCACCACCUCCCUGCAGGAUUUCAUUGGAGAAGCCGCCCAAAGAAUUGGCCAAGAUCCCACCCAAAACAGCCAGCGCCCAUCCUCUCCUCGCAUUCCCAUUCCCAGAUGCCCUCCUCACCCGCCACCCGUCAGUCUCGGCGAACGCGAAGCUCCUGCCGCCCCACUUCUAUCGCCAGAGUAGCCCCAAUCCGAAUGUGCUGGCCGAGGAGGGGGAUCCCCUGCUGAUCACCACCAAAAUAAUAUGGAGAGACCUGCUGCAGCGAACCAGACCGAAAUAAAGCCACUACCUCGCA